CGGGGCCCCAUAUUGACAAGGAAAGUGAUAUCUACACGGCCCAUCCAACGGUGCUUCUUCUACAUAAGACCGGUGACGCGCUCCAAAAACUCCCGUAUUAGGCUUCCACGACUCUUGCUCCAUCUCGCGACACGAUAUGGCGUCCACACCGGCAGCGGAGCCUAAUGGCCCCGCCUUCUCGAGACGGGCUUGGGAGGAACGACGCGAUGAGAUCGUCCGGCUAUACCAGGAUGAGGAUUGCGACUUUAAGGCGCUGGUCGAGAUAAUGAAGACCAAUGGCUUCUCCGCGACUCGGAGGGAGUACAUGAAGAAGUUUAAGCAGUGGGACAUUCGCAAGAACGUCAAGGCGGACGAGUAUGCGGCCAUUGUCCGCGUGCAAGCCCGGCGCCAGGCAGAGGGGAAGCGGACGGCAUUCAGGGUGCGGAAGCGGCCGGUUUCCCAGGCAAACAUAUCCCGGUAUAUCCGGAAGUCCAAGAAGAAAGGGUCGCCUAAACCCUCGGUCGACGGUGAGGCAAUCGUCGAGGCUCACACACCACCCUUUAUCGAAUAUGACACGCCUCCAGCAAGUCCCUCGUCGCCCACGCUGAGCGGCGGCCAAGGUUACGCGGACUCUAUCACUUUGACAGAAUGUGGCAAACCCGGGAGCCAGUCACCGACACCAGAUGCCAUCACUCAGGGCUCGACGCAACUUUCCGCUGGCAUCGAAUUUGCUGCCUCAUGGAAGAGUGGCCAGUGGGCUCUAGGAGCUGUCGAAGACCUCUCUGACUCUGACCCGCCCUCCCCCGCUAUGCUGGUUAGGAGCUCACACCACCAAGACUCCAUCAUCGGGGGCCACUCACCGCGCGCAUUCCUCAUCCGGCGCUCGCCCGCACGCGCCGCCCAGGUGAUGCCCGGACUGACCCGACACUUUAUGCGCCAGGCGCACUCCCCACCCCGGGCCGUCGCCAUGCCCGACACGCUGCGGUACGCCGACGGGGUCCUCCGGAGCAUCCGGGACUACGUGUACGGGCUCCGGACGGCGGCACUCUGCUCGUGCGACGAGGACGCCGAGGGCAACGCGCUCAUGCCCAAGACGGGCGCCGGCGCCAUCCACCCACGUCACUGCUGGCUGGCCGAGGCCAACCCAAAGGCCGGGCGCGACUGCUCCGCCAACCUCGUCAACGGCUUCGCCCUGAUGGAGGCGGCGCGCUACGCCGAGGGGCGCGCGCUCCUCCAGGCCGCCCUGGCCCAGUACGACGAGUGCGUCCGCCACUGCCCCUACCAGGCAAAGUUCCUCUCCACCUUCCUGUCCAUCCACGCCCGGCACGCGCCGCUGCACCGCGCCCAGGCCGUCGUCUUCGACUACGUGCGGAGGGUCCUGCGCCGCCGGCUCGGCGCCCUGUGGCCCGACCACCCGCUCGUGCGCAUCGUCGACAUCCUCUUCCUCGCCACCAAGAGCCACGCCGCGUCAGUCGUGCGCGACCCGGCCAUAAUGCUGUUCGUGGACAGCGUCUACGGACGGAACAGCGAGAAGGAAACGGUCCCCGGCAUCGAUGACAAGACGGUGCUCAUGAGCCCAGUGCGGAGGUGGGAGUGGACCUUCUUCUCCCUCCGUGCCAACUUCGAGCGUGUCGCGGGCGCCGCCGCCGUGGAGACGGAUGAGACCUCGCCUCCCCUCCGCUCGCUGCGGCGCCGCCUGACCGAGCUCCACUCGGGCAUAGAGGCCGAGCAGAACCCCCUCUUCGACUGCCUCCUCAAGCUGCUAGUCUUUGUCGCCCACAAGGGGCCCGUCGACAUGCACCUGGAGCCGCUGUACGCCCACCUGAUCCAGUAUCCGGGCUCGAUGGACAAGAUCCUCUCCUGCGCCAAGGAUCUGGUGGCGGGCCUGUGGGGGGACUGGGCGGACAAGAGGACGAGGUGCUUGUAUCUCCGCACCCUGGUGAUUGCGCUGUGGCGCUUCGAGCAGGCGUACACCGGGCUGGCCAACGGCGAGGCGGCGGCCGUCCUGAGGCUGUGGCGGCUGCCAAUCGAGGCAUGGCUUGCAGAUCAUGAAAACAACGUGGAAGCGGAUGGAAGGCAGCUGCCUGCAGAACUACGGCCUUUGAUGGACCAGCCAAAAGGGAACUGGACCUGAAACAGAGGAAGGAGGAUCACCAAAAGAACAUAAAGCACCAUCCCCAUUCGCGACUUGUUUCACGCGACUGUGACAGCCGGUGCCGCGUCAUCUUUAGUGCUCACGACACAUGGCUAGGCGGUAGACGAAUUGGGUUUAGCGGUCGACAUCUUGUUCAGCUUAUGAGCUUCCCGCAACACGCGCUGAUGAGCUUAUGGGCUGGUGAGCUUACGAGCUUAUGCACAAUCAAUCCAUCUCGCAAGAAGCAUCCAGCGCGC